AUGAACAUGAAUCAAGUUUUAGAGUAUGUGGAAACUGAUCCAACUGGUCGCUACGGACGUUUUGGAGAAGUUCUUGGAAGGGGAGCGAUGAAGACAGUGUACAAAGCAAUCGACGAGAUGCUUGGAAUAGAAGUAGCGUGGAGCCAAGUGAAGCUAAAAGAGGUUCUUCGUUCCUCUGUUGAUCUACAGAGGCUCUAUUCCGAGGUUCAUCUCCUUAGCACUCUCAACCACAAAUCCAUCAUUCGUUUCGACACUUCUUGGAUCGAUGUUCAAUCCCAUACUCUCAACUUCAUCACCGAGCUGUUCACUUCUGGGAGCCUCCGACAAUACAAAAACAAGUACCUGCGGAUAGAUAUCCGAGCAAUCAAGUCGUGGGCUCGGCAGAUCUUGGAAGGGCUUGUUUAUCUCCAUGAGCACGACCCUCCUGUUAUCCAUAGAGACCUUAAGUGUGAUAAUAUCUUUGUCAAUGGGCAUCUUGGACAAGUUAAAAUUGGCGAUCUUGGUCUUGCAAGAAUGCUGCGGGACUGCAACUCUGCCCAUAGUGUCAUCGGCACUCCCGAGUUCAUGGCUCCAGAAUUAUAUGAGGAGAACUAUAAUGAACUCAUUGACGUCUAUUCCUUUGGUAUGUGCUUUCUGGAGAUGGUCACCUCUGAGUUCCCGUAUAGCGAGUGCAACAACUCGGCGCAGAUUUACAAGAAAGUUAGCUCGGGAAAGCUACCAGGAGCCUUUUACAGAGUUGGAGACGUCGAGGCACAGAGGUUCAUCGGGAAAUGUCUUGUGCCUGCCUCAAAGAGAGUAUCAGCAAGAGAACUAUUGCUUGAUCCAUUUCUCGCAUCUGAUGAGUCAUGGAUGGUGUACGCGAGAGGUGCUCGGAAUCUAAAGCCCUUCUUGAAUGAGGAUGAAAUGGACAGACUGAAGUUGGAAGAUGAUGAGUUAGGAAGGACCCAAAUGACCAUCACUGGGAAGCUGAAUGCUGAAGAUAACACAAUCUUUCUGAAAGUACAAAUUGAAGAUGAAAAUGGUCCGCCAAGAAACGUGUACUUUCCCUUUGACAUCAUGAAUGAUACUUCCAUUGAUGUUGCGAUGGAGAUGGUAAAAGAACUCGAUAUCAGAGAUUGGGAGCCAGUCGAGAUUGCCAAAAUGAUUGAUGGAGAGAUCUCUUCUUUGGUACCUGAGUGGAGGUAUGAGGAAGAUGAUGAAAACCCUCAUGAUUAUCAUCGUCAUCGUACCACUCCUUUUCACUCUUCUUCCUCGCAUUCAUCAUCCUCUCAAGCUUCACUCUCUAACUAUAUGGCACGAGGCCGUCAAGAUUGGCUACAAGAUGAUUUUCAUGAUGAGACGUAUUCUCAGAGUUCUUCCAAUUCAGGGUCUUACUCAAACCUCAACUACAUAUCUGUGGAUGAGCACAGCUGCCAACCUCCUGCUAUGAACAGAACUCACAACGUGACGAGGUUUUGCCCCGAAGAAAGCUCUCAUCUACAGUCAGGACAAGCCAACAUGUAUGCAGCUUCCAGUUCGAGUAACGCGAGAUUGGCAUCAGAAAACCGCAGUCUUACAAGGAACCGGUCACUUGUAGACGUGCAGAGCCAGUUACUGCACCGAUCACUGGUGGAAGAGGCGAGAAUAAGAAGGUUGAUCAAAACCGUUGGAGACGUAGAAACAGUUGGGUUUCAGUCACCUUAUGUGGUUUCCCGGAAGCCACGGAGAUCAAGGCGCUAG